AUGAAGCUUAUGAACCUUCUCCAACAGGUCUAUGGUACGUCGGAAGGAAAGAACAACUUUUUGGUCGAGGAUAUAAGAAAGAAUGCUUUCUUGCGACAGAGGCCUGUGUUUACUAACCCUACUCUAGGAAGUGGAGCAAUCGAUUGUCGGGCCAAAGUCAGCAUCAGUAGUAACCACAACCCGUCAAGCUUCACAAACUCAACGAGUCGACGAGCCAGAAGUUGA